GAAAGUCUUGAUACAAAUGCGAACCAACCUCAUACAGAUUGGUAACUCACUCCAUCGGUCCCUGCUGGGGGAAUGUGCACAAUUUCCAUACCCUUAUUUGAGCUUAUUCUGGCGCGUUCGUGUGUCUGAUGUUUAUCGAGCCGGAAAAGCUCUCUCCAGGGCCAGAGUCAGGCUUGCGAAGAAUGAGCUGAAAUUGCUACAAAAGGCAAAUCGGGGAGAAUUGGGUUCGGUUCGAAAAGUUCUGGAGUAUGCUUAUGGACGGCGAGGGAAGUUGAGGCAUGAACUAUUCGAGGUUCGCAAUCGGCCUACACCGCACAUUCCUUCCAAUCCGAAUAGAUCACGGCCACCGACACUCUCUCCGGCAACAGUCGCGCUGUCUAACUCCACGUAUGGCAGAGAAACUGGGAAGCGGGUUGGAAAAGCCGAAUUUGAGCACCCACCCAAUUUGCCCCAGCGGGCCAUUCCAUCAUCUGAAGAUGCACGGUUGCUAGGCCCGUUUUCACGUCGGAGACUUGUCAAUCUCCGAUGGAAGUUUUUUAAACUUGAAAAGAGUCGCCUAUUGCCGCCCCUACGAAUUAAAACGGAGGGUGAUCCACUAAAUGAACAACCUGCCCCAAACAUGGGGUUCUCCAAUAUACCAUUUAGAGCACAGCCGGAGGCUGGUGCUGGCAGUCUCGGCGACGCCAGAGUAGGUCCGUGCAGUCCCGGCCCUUCGUCACAUAAACAGCCAUCCAGUAUGCGGCCGUUUGGUCGUUCACUCCGAUUCUUCCGCCGUCGACAUCAAGAAAUCCUUCGUUUGUUGCCGAUUAUGGUGAAGACUCCACAGCAACGCUCCGCUGGCAACAACUCUCAAACCAAUCGAAUUUAUGAAGACCCGUUCCAACCUUGGAAAAUUCUCCCACCGAUGAUAGAGGAUGACAGAAGAUGGGUGAAGCAAGCGGGGAUGAUCAUACUACCGUCGGCUACCUGAUGACAUAGUUUAUUGUAAGGAGCUCAAUUGCCGAAUUCGAAGUCUGGGAGUAUACCCUAUCCCCAACGAGCAUAGCUUGUUAUUGGGACGCGCGAACCCCC